UAAAACUUUCAUGUAUAAUUUUAUAACAUAUUGGCUACAAUUGGAAGAGUUAACGAUAAAUUAAAAUUUUAACUCUAUAAGAUUGCGAUACAUCAAAUUCAUCUGAUUUCUAUUCAUAUCGAGCAGCAAUGGUGGGUUGUCACAAAAAAUGAAGGUUAGAAUCGUUCAUUUUUUUAAGAGUGACAUAGUUUUCUGUAAAUCAUCAAUUUUUUAAACUUUACAGGUCUUGAAAAAAACAGAGAAGAUGACGUUCCACAGAACGACUGUGAAAAAGAUGCUGCAACAGAAGCGAUAGCAGGUAAUUUCAUUGUUUGCUUUGUCAAUUAAACCAGUAGAGUGAGGUUAUUUUCUUCUGUUAAACCAGGGUACUUUCGAUUUUUCGGGUGCUUUUAGCUUUUCAAUGCUUAGUGUAGCAUCUCCAAGUAAACUGACGUAAAUAAUGUUUUCCUCUCCCGCUUACAGGCCAAACCAUUUAAAUUCACUGCUAAUUUUAAACUUUUGCAGGUGUUGAAAAAAACCAAGAAGAUGACGUUCUAAAGAAUGACUUUGAGAAAGAUGCUGCAACUGGACCGAUGGCAGGUAUGUCAUUGUUUGCUUUGCCAAUUAAACCAAAGCCAAAAUAUAUUUUUGCAGUAGAGUGAAGUUACUUUGUUCUUUUAAAACCACAGUAAUUUUUCUGAAAUUGUUGACUGUUUUAAGCUUCAGACUAGCGCACAGUGCUGCACCUGUUUUAUGGAACUCGCUGCCAUUGACUAUAAGAACAAAUAGCAGCCUCAGCAUUUUUAAAAAGCAUCUUGAAACAUUCCUUUUUAGGAAAGCUUAUAAUCUAAUAGAAUGACUCUGAAGUUUAAUGCUUUGAAUAUUUUCAUUUAAUUUUGUAUAGAAUUUUAGACUUUUAUCUUUUAGAUUUUUGCAUAGCAUGGAAUUUUUUUAUUAUUGUUAUUGUUAUUAUUAGCUUUUCAGGAAUUUUUUUAAUUGUAACUUAAUGUUAAGCGCUUUUGAAUAUGUUAUAGUUCUAGCACUAUACAAAUUCUUUAUCAUUAUCAUUAUCACUAUCUUCUAUUAAACUGGCGUGAAAUAACCUCCUCAUGUAUCUUAUUUUGUCUUUUUCAUCUUCCGCUUACAGGUGAACCCAUUUUCCUUGCACUUCAACAAAUCCUGUUGGAAGCACGCAUAGAGUCCAGCAAAACUGAGCUGUCGCAGGCUUUAAAGACGACGGCGUUAAAGAAAGGUUUUGCGAUAUCUGAAAAUCAAGGAGAGGGAAACUGCAUGUUUUUUGCACUUUCAGAGCAGCUUGACGUCAUCAAAGGAAUUAAAAUGUCCCAUGAUGAGUUACGCCGAACUAUUGUUCAACACCUUCGGGAAAACCCCAGGCUGGUGAGUACCUUAUUAUUUUUUCUACGGUGGAUUUAGUUGCAAUCUAUGCGUAAGCCGUCGCAUUUGCUCGCUGAAUUUUUUUAUUGUUUUGAAGGUUAAAAGCAAUAAGGUCUUGUUGUGACGUAUCCGAAAUACGUGUCCACACGUAGCGUAUUUGAAUUUUUUGCGCCCGUCCACAUAAAAACGAUGACGUGAUUGAAAUACGAUAACAUCCCUUACAGGGCAAACGAGUGCUACUAGCAUAUAAUGCAUGACAUCAUUGUAUUAGAAAACCUCCGUUUUCUUCCGUCAACACGUAAACGAGAAGUCGGCGUUUUCAAAAGUCCACUCUGGGGACCGCUUUCUGGGGACCUGUGUUUUUGGUGCCCGAAAUGGCCGUUUUCGUGUGGACGGAAGGCUAAAAAUACCCUGAUACGGGUGGAAGGGGCCUUGAAUUCUUGCAGCCAAAUGCUACGGCUUUACGGGUAUGCUGCUGAUGAAUCGACCCUUUAGGAGCAAAACAUCAGCUCUGCACGAGCAUCACGCCUAUUUGUAUUUUGCUUCGUCUUCCGCUGCACGACGUGAAACUUCCUAAUGCGACGUUUUGUGGAGGACCUCGAAAGCAUGGCGACGAAAUAUUGUUAUUGGAUCCGGAUGCUGUCCUUAGAAUUCAAAUCCAGGAAAUUUCUUCUACUUUUUUUAAUUUGAAAAACGUUACAUAAGCGCUUUAAAGGUUUGAAAUAAAGCAAAUUCAUUUCCUUUAAUCACGUUUUUGACUCGGAGGCGUAAAUGAAAACAGAUUUUAGGAAAUCUGUUUCUGUCUCCUCGAUCGUCUGACUCAUGUCCUAAUUUUUUAUAAGCACGUUAUUUUGCUAAGUGUGAAAUGUUCACCAAAAGCCGCUUUGUUCGAACAGCAUAUGUCUACUUAGUGAAGUGAAGCGAAGUGAAUACUUUAUUUAAAGAAGGUAAGACUUGACAAGUAUAGAAUGAACGGAUAAACUUGAGAUCCUCAAUACUUGUUAUAUUUGUAGGGUCAUUUCUGACCCAGCGUACUGGUUUACAAGUCGAAAUUUCAAAACUUCAAUUUUUUCAUAGUAAACACCUCUUCCCCUCUCUCUUACACGCGUAACGGACACCUCCCUAAAACGUCCCAAAGUACUUUCCUAAAAGUGUUGGUCCCUGUCGUUCUUAAUUGUUUUUCGUGGAGAGAAAGAGAGUAAGGAGAGUAGUAUGGGAUGCAAACGUUAGACCUCGUUUUUGAAGUAAAAUCUCUUUAGUAUGAAGUGUAACAAAUAAAUGUCAAUGGCAUCUUUAUCUCAUGAAUAAAAUGCGGUAGAAUCUCAUCAACCAUAACGUCACGAGCUCUACGAGGGAUAUAGUGUGCAGGGAUCAUGUUCUUAUUUGGGUAGUAUGCAAUCAUAGUCUAUUUUAUUGUCCAUUGCAGACAACCUUUUGGCCUGGUUCUGGUUCACUACUAAGGCGGACAUAUCUGCUCUAGUGCCGAUACCAGCGGGGUCCACCUUAGAGAGCGCUGACUGCGCAGCUGCCUGAAUAUAUACCUUCUACAAAAGCACUCUACCUCUUUCUCCAUUAACUACAGUAUUUUCUUUUUUUCUUACAGCCGGAUGGGACAGAACUAUUUCAUUUUGUUGAUGGAUAUCCAUCUUGGGAUGCCUACCUCAUAAGCAUGUUGGCAGAUGGUACAUGGGGUGAUCACGUGAUUCUACACGGGGCGGCAUACUGUUUUCAAACGUGCAUCGACGUGAUCAGCAGUCUUCCGCAUCGCCAUGACGUAAUGAUCUGCCCAGAGUUUGAUGUUACUGGUAGCAACCGGCUCGUGCUGGGUCACGUGCACGAGCUUCACUAUGUUAGCCUUAUUCCACAGAUAGGAGGUAAAGAUGUCUGAUUAUACUGCGAUUCAGGAGUUGCUAACUCGCGAUAUCAAAUUGAAGACACUUGAGUUGAACAACUGGCUGAACCUUUAUUUUGGCAACUUAUUCGCAAAGAUGCGAAACAAAGAAACAAGAUGUCUAUUAUUCAUAUGUACAGUUUUAUAAUCCGUCAAUGUUAUUAUAACGGUACAAAUAGCCAUAUAAAUAGACUAAGUAUUCAUAACAAAACAUUUUCUGUUUCAAAAAAUUAAUACAGCCCCUCCAAUUAGUUAGAUAAAUUACUGUAGUGUUCUUAAUAGAACUUGUUUUUUAGGGCCAGCACCUUGACUGCAGUCCCCUGUAAAUACCGGUACUCCACCAUUUGAACCUGUUGUAGUGUAAGACGUAGCAAAAUGCGUGUACUUGUAAUCAGCUUGUUUCUGUGUCUUCGAGUGAAUAACUGUUGCUGAUGAUUGUUACUCCGUUUGCGGCGUGUUUAGACACUUAGUCUUACCGUCUGUAAGUAGACGAGUCAGAGUUUUUUCUGACAUUUUCAUUAGUAUUUAGGUGUUAAGAACAGCUUCUGUUUGAGAUAUCACUUGCCUGAAGUCUCUGAAAUAAUUCAGUGUCAGUUUUAUUCAUGAGUAAUCACCUGUACCUCAAGAUGUUCCUAACCACAGAGCAUCGUGAGUCAAAACACAUUUCCAAUCGGAUCGUUCCUGUCUCAGAUGCUCUUUAUCAAUCUGUGAAUAUUUUCAGCCGGUAGAGUAAUUCUUUUUUUUGGAAUUUUAGUUAAUGGAAUCAAUUCUUAAGGGUAUUGUGUGUGUUAAUACAACAGCCUCCCAUCUCGCCCCGUCGCGGGGGAAAACCAAUUCCUUAUUGCAGUCGCCUCUCUCCUAACGGACACCUCUAUAAGACGGACACCUCCGUAAAACGGACACCUAGAGUUGGUCACUGCUUUUCUUUACUCCCUUUAUUUGACUCUCUAUAAGACGGACACCUCUCUAAGACGGACACUUCUCUAAGACGGACACUUGGUGCCGGUCCCAAAGGUGUCCGUCUUAGAGAGGUUUGACUGUAUACAAUGUAAGUAUCCUUAUGUUAGUCUUAAUUUACCAGCUUAUUUUUCUUACCAUCCUAAGUAUAUAUAUAUUUUAUAGACCAAUGCCUCUAUUUAGGUACAUCAAGCUAUAAAGGUUAUAGUAAAUGUAGUUAGGUUUAAGAGUCACGUCCCUCUACCUAGUUAGUGAGAAUUUUUUAAAAUUACCUAGUAAAGGUGUCACAUAGUUUUUCAAUUUAUACAUUAAAUAAGUGUCAAAAUAAGUCUAGUAAAUCCGUCAAUUAGCCAUUCAUAAGUUCGGGUCAGUGUUAAAGAGGAG